UAUCGAAGCUGAGCAGAAAUCCAGAUUCACCUCACCCAUUCACGAUGACAGUCAAAGAGCGAAAGAAAUGGAGGAAAGUACUCUACGAAGACCAAGGUGUUCCAGAUAAUUAUGUAGAUGACUCCUUUCUUGACGAAAUGAAGAAAAAUGUGAAUACUCGAACUUACAAGCUACAAAAUGUGAUCAUUGAGUCUGGAGUUGUCUCACAGCAGCUCAGUAGUAUUUGUUUGUUUAUUGUUACAUUUAUUUACAUGGAAGAAGGCACCCUAUCUCCGCAGUUAUUGUUCACUGUUGGGUCCCUCAUGACAGUCUUUGGAUAUCUGUUACAUGACAUUGUAGAUGGGCGACGCAAUAGAAAAGACAGAACAAGAAUGGAUGACAUGAAGACAAUCUGUUUAUUCUUAGCUGUAAGCUUUGGUUUGUCACCAAUAUUGAAAAAUUUAACAGAUUCCAUUAGUACGGAUACUAUAUAUGCCAUGACGGUUUUCAUGUUUCUUGGUAAUCUGUUAUUUCAUGACUACGGAACAACUGGAGCAGUGACAUCAGAUGCACUCUCCUUAAAUGCUGCGAUAUUUGGUUCAGUUUGUUUGGCAUCCAGACUUCCUACAAUUUGGCAUACAUUCUCUACAAUAGCAUUCGCAAUUCAAGUGUUUGCUCUGUGGCCUGUACUAAGAAGAACACUGAAGAGGCAUAUCCCGUAUUCACAGCUGAUGAUGACAUGGCUCCUAGCAACUGUUACCAUGGUAGCAUUGUUUACAGUAAAAACAGUGGGUGCUGUUCUGUUUCUAAUUGGACAUUUCUCGAUCACAUUUCUGUUUCCAUUCUGGCUGAUAAAACUCCAACCAUAUAAAAAUAACAUUCAUGGACCUUGGGAUGAGGCUGUGAUAAAGGACAUCAAGUAG